AUGAAUGAAACAUGGAUCCAUCACUUCACUCCGGAAUCAAAACGAUUAUCAUCUGAGUGGACUGUAGCCAAUGAACCACAUCCGAAACGUCCAAAGGCACAACAGUCAGCUGGGAAGGUUAUGACUUCAGUAUUUUGGGAUUCACAUGAUGUAUCUCAUUUGUUACACACAAAUGAAGAUCGGCAUUACUUGCCACCAGAACCACCAAAACAUAUACAAACACCUAAAGUUGAAAAUAAAGGAUUAAGUACUGAUGUUUUAAAGCAACAUUCAUAUCAACAUGAAUUAAGUUCCAAGAGUGAUCCAAAACUAACCACUUACUACAAAAAUUCUAAACCAAAAGGAUUAACGGACUUAGAAGCAGCACCCAUCGAUCGUUUACAUACUGCACCAAGUGAAUUAUCGAUUGACACUGAUCGCAGGAACUCUUUCAGACCAGGCAACACUGAUAUUUAUUAUGGCACAAAACGUUUAGUCUAUGCUAAUGCACCACAUUCAGUCUUCCAUACUCAAAUAAAUGUACAAUCACAGGAAAGCGAUUUUAAAGUAGCUAAUAAUCAGGAAUAUGACACCGCAAGUAAUACUCGUUCAUAUGCAGAAGUGCAAGGAGUUGAUAGAAAUGAACAUUCUCAUCCAGACAAAAAGGAACAAAGUUACAAUGAUAAGGAACCAUCCCAUGAUAAAGCUGCACUACGUAUUAACUUUGGAGACAAACAUGAAGAAAAAUCAAAUGACUAUAAUCAUAAAGUACAAGUGCCUACAUAUCAGUCAAAUGAAAAGAAGCAACAAAAAGUAGAUCAUUAUCGUGAGGACAAACAAUAUCAGCAGUACGAUGUAUACCAAGCAAAUGAUUACAAAACACCUAAACAUAAGCAAGACGAAAAACCACAACAACAAUAUGAUUCAUACCAAGGACAAGAUUACGGUAGACAAAGUCACAAAUACGACGAAAAGUCACAUCAACAGUACGAUGCAUAUAAUGAUCGGGAUUACCAACCAAAUUAUCAUCAAAAAGAAGAGAAGCAAUAUCAACACUAUGAUGCAAACCGGGUGCAUGAUCAGCAGGCACAUUAUAAUGAUCACGAUGAAAAACAACAGCAACAUCAUGAUGUGUACCAAAAACAUGAUAAGAAACAAUAUAACGACGAUCACACAAAAUCAUACCAUGAAUCGAAACAUCGACAAAAUGAAGACACACCACAUCAUCAUCACUCAAACAGUGAUCAUAAGACAAAUAAUAAAAAGCAGGAUCACCAUCGCGCUCACAAUCAUAAAUCCAAUCAUGGUGAACAAUAUAGCGUACCCAAUUUUUUCAACGAUGAACCUGAGCAACAAAAUAGAAAAAUAAAUUAUCAAGGUGCAAAUAUAAUAACCAAUAAUAGAGCAUUACAAUCCCUUGAGCCUACAUUUGGCGGUUUGCCUAAUAAUUUCGAAGGAAAUGGUCAGGGUAGAAACGUUAUUGAAGAUGCUCUAUUUGGUGCAGGCACUACUAUACAGAACUAUAAAACGAAGACCGCCAGUACUGAUGUAGUAGAUCAAAAGAAAUGUGGCGACCCACACGUUUUUCUUCGAGUGGAUCGUGCUCGAGCUCCACUUGAGCAGCCUUACGAAGGUCCAUUUGAGGUGCUGAGUCGUAGUGAGAAGACGUCUGUUAUUGUUUGCCGUGGGAGAGAGGUGACUGUUUCGAAGGAUAGGUUGAAGGCGGCGUACUUAACGUGUGAUGAUCUUGAACAGGUUGUUCCAGAAACGCGUCAGCCUUCAGCGCUGUUGAAUGGUGAUCAGUUAGUGACUUCUGGUGAUUGUAGGCGUGAAUCCCUGUUGCCGAUUCCGAAAGUGACACGAGCUGGUAGAGUAGUGCGUUUCCCAGCAAGGUUAGCGGAAUUUCGUGAUUAA